AUGAUCAAGACUCUAGUGACAAUUCUAAUGGCAAUUCUGUGGGUGAAAAUACAGCCAAUUGCUGCAUACUCGCGAGUGGCCACAAAUGGCAAUAUUUCAAAUAAAACCGACACCGAGGAGGUGACACAUCGACCCAGGGAGGGUAUUUCAGUAUCAAGACUCCUCAUACCUAAUCUCAACACCACCCAACCACCCACAACGACCACCACACUGGAACCGGAAACCGGAAGGGCGGUCGAUUCAAGACCAUUUCAGUUUCCUUUCUUGACAUCCGGAGUUGCACGAAGGACACAGACGCGACAGAAGCUCGCGCCUGUGAGAACUUCCAGUGUCUACGGGGGAGCACCGGUGGCCAGGAAACAGCCCCAAAUAGUCUACCCUGUUUACACACCAUCAAACCAUCGUCCAGACCCAGUACAGUGGCCUGCCAAUCACUCAAGGCGCGUAGGAGGAGUUCAAGGUCCCGUUGCUAUGGACAGAUACUCCCCAUCUGAAGCCUAUUCUGCAGGCAUUUACAAAGCUAAGCAAAAGAAAAAGGAAAAGAAUGGAUAUAACUAUCCCAAGCCUGUGGCAUCUUUUCCACAACGACCAGCUUCUGCUCCAGCUCCAGCUCCAGCACCACCUGCAUCUAAUGCACCAUCUGUUCAGACAUUCUCAGCACCAGCUCCGGCACCUCCGGCGCCAGUUUAUAGGCCGGCAGCACCGCCUCAGACCACAGCAGCCCCAGCACCACCUGCUGCUCCUCAAAAUUCCUACAUUCCUCCAUCAAAUCAGGACCUUUAUGCCUUUCCGCCAAAUGUGAACUCUCCAUACCUACCACCUCCAGAUGCUCCUACCAAGUCUGUUUCACCAGUUUCGAGCUACUUACCACCCGCAGCUGGGCCUGUGGACUCUGAUACCAGUUAUAAGUUCCCAGGACCUGUUAAUCCUAUGUUCCUACCUAUGGAAAAACCUGCAGAAGCCUCAGCACCAGACUCUUCUGACACUUCCGACUCUGACGACAGCAACGCUGACGACAAUAGUUCGACAGACGAUCAGCCGGCUCCCUCUGACCAGGACGACUCUAGUCACGACCAUGAUCAUGAUCAUCACGAACACUACCAUGAUCAUGAUCAUCACAGUCACUAUCAUGAUGAUCAUGACCACUAUCACAAUCAUGAUCAUAGCCAUGAAAUAAUUUAUGAUCAUCCCCCACCUGGUUAUUUCGAUCACUACAGUGAUCACGACCAUAAGUAUUUCGAUCAUGCUCCUGCAACACCAGCUCCUGCUCCAGCUCCAACUCCUGCUCCUGCACCAGCCCCAGCUGCAGUCAUGGACAUGAUGCCUCAAGAUGAUAUGGGCAUGGAUACCAUGGCAGCUCCAGCUCCAAGUGAUCACAGUUUUCCCUCCUUUCCUGACUCCUACAAAUACAGCGGACUAUACGGCGUUGACGCUUCUCCUGAGCUAAUAUACGAUCACGAUCCUCAUCAUGAUUUUCACCAUCACCAUCACAUUGAACCAACAACAACAACUGAAGAACCCCCGCCCGAGCCAAGGGUCAAGAAAUACAGCUACUACUACCUCGGUCGAAAACUCUGGUACAUCCCUCUAUAUUUCACCGUUUGGUUCACCUUCUACGUUGCAGCUCUCAUCAUCCGAUCGAUUGCGAGACACAAGGUUGAAAUUCCUGAACACUACCAGGCUCGUCGUAAACGUAGUAUUGACUCACAUCGCGAUACAGUUAGAAAAGUAGACAAAAUGACAGUUUUUGUAAUGACACAAAUUGAGGACUUUACCCAGAAAUAUCUGCAAUAAAAACCUAUU